AAUUAGCCACGCCGGCCUCCCCGACGGUCUCCCUCCUUCACCAUUCAUUCCAACGGGUUGGACUGUGACUCGAUUCAGACAGGGUCAAGGAGAAGGAAGAGAAAGGGAAUAAGACGAACAGGGGCCCUUUCGUUGACCCUCGAGACCCUUGUCUCUGCGUUGUCCAGUGGGUUGGCGACAGAUCUGCUCGUUGGUUUCGCAGCCCGUUCAGAACCCUGCAUCAGAAUUCUGACCGAGAGAGCUUGUUGCUCUUCUGUUACACUUGCCUAACCUCAGCCCCAUCUCUUCCCCCUGUGCUCUUUGAAAUCAGAGCUAUCCGCGCUCUACGGGGAACUGUAGCGUCGGGCGGGUCUUGUCUGUCCUCCUUGCGCGCCGACAGCGAUAUCCUGGGUCCUGCCCGACUUACCCUGGCCGAACAUGUUUCGUCGGCGGAGGAGUUCGUCUUAUCUACAGCCCCCUCUAAAUGCGACCGAAUCGCUCUCUGCACAGAGCGCCGCCUCCCAUGCCUUCCUCAAUUCUCGGUCUUCGUCAAGUAACCUCUCUUCCGCCGCAGCAGCAGCUGCGCUGCGGAUGGCCGCUUCCACCCCGACCGCCGUCGAGGAUGUCCAGACAAAACGAAUGCUGAAGCGGCAGUCGUCUCUUACGUCGCAUAAUGGCCGUUCCGCGAGUAUGCCAGCCGCUAGCAGGGGUAGUCUUCGUCGGUCAGGUAGCUCGAGUUCGAUGAGUUCCAGAACGUUUCGGGACCCAUCGCCAGGACCUGGUUUGACUCUUCCUGACUCUGCGCACCAUUCCUCGCAUCAUUCGUUUGGUCUUGGAAGAUCCAAGUCGUUCAAUCGCCGCUCUGUUAGCCUAGAUGCCCCAAGACGAACAAAUUCGCUGCCGGGAAGCCACCGGUCUACGCGUGCCUUCAGCGCUGACAGGGUCAGGGCUCGUUCUCCUCCCAAUUUUCUGAACCGUGGCCACCGUCUGAGCACAGUGCACGAGCUUGGAGGCGGAGAUAUCUCUGAUACGGAAGCUGUUCAUACGUCACCGACCCACCUUGACACAGGGCCCUCAUCGGGCCCUUCCGAACCACACGCUGACGGGACUCCGGUCAGGAAGAACUCAAGGAUAUUUACGCAAGGAAAUCCAGGGGGGACCCGCCCCGCUGGUAAGCAUCCAGUCGGGACUGCUGUUGCGGCAGCGCAGGCAGCCAGUUUGCGGAAGGAUGGGGCGGCUUCGCCGGUCGGUACUGGAUUGUCAGGUUCCCUGGGCACUCCAACCGACAGGAGGAGUGUCGAUGUAGUCCAACGAAAGCCAUCAACUCAUCUGGCUCUGAACAAGCGGCCGUCAGCUGUACGGAAGGCUACUCAUCAUGAAGAAGAGACCGUGGAGACCGAAGCCACAGAGGGACAUGCGCACUCAGCCCGUUCUCCUAAUCGAACUUCGAAUCAUCAGUUCCGAGAAAAUGAGCAACUUUUUGUAGAAGACCACGGACUUGCCUCUCCGGAGCAGCCUUCAAUGGUCCAAGAGCUGCCGAUACCGGAUGAUAAAGACGAGCCAUCAGUUGCUUCAUCGGAUAUCUACGACCGUGAACUGGCACCUGUCGCGGAAAAUUCUCACGUACGGCAGUCUACUAGUCCUGGCAGAUCGGCGCACUUUUCAAACCAACUGUCUGUGGCCGAUGCUGUUGGACGUUUGCACACUCCACCUCCGAGGUCAAUGUCACCGGUUAAGUCUGCGUUGAAGCACUCUCCAAGAGAUUCUCUUUCACCGGAUGCAAGGCCAGUUCAUUCCCCAAGUGAGAUGUCGGAUGGAACGUCAAUUGCUUCGGAUGACGGUGUUAGGAUGGGCUUCAGAAAACGGCAGGUAAAAGUGAGUUUCGACGACGAGGCGGAAGUCGUGGGCGUUGCCAGCAGUCCACCAACGUCUCCGGAAGAUCCAGUAUUCCCGGUUUCUGCUCCAGAGAAAAAGUCCAAAACAAACUGGUUUGGCGUGGGUAAGAGGAAACGUGCUCAAAUGGACAAUAUUAGUGGCGAUGAAUUUGAGCGAAUGCUCAAGCCGCGGCCUGCUCUUCCUUCUUUCGGCAGCGUUCGAGUUGCCAAAGAUUCAAGCAAGUGCCAUACCGUUGGAGAAGACAUGAGCGACAAUGAAUCAACCACCUCAAACUCUGAUCCAGAUGACGACGGGCCUUUUUUCCACCGCCAGGCGGCUGGCAGUCCAACGAUCAAUGUUUCGCCUGAGGGUAUUCAAAGCCGUGCUGAAGUUCCAGACGGACAGACCGACUGGGAUUAUAAACCUGUUGGGAGUUCCAAGCGAGUAGCCACUCCCGAUGCGGUUUCGACUGCAAAUUCCUCUGGUCUACCAAGUGCUCCAUUUGAUGAUACACCAUCCAAUUUGCCCCCCAAAGCAACAACUGUUAACGAGUUUGCUAUGGAUGGAUCCGGCAGUCCGAACCUUGGUGCCAAUUCAGGGUUUACCGAAACGGCUACUGCUGUACAACCGAAGUUGCAGAGACCCGAGAAUAAAGGGGCGAGUGGAUGGGAGAAAGAGAGACCUAGCUCGGAACGGUACAGGAUGCCGGGAGACUUUCCUCCUUCGUCUUCCGAGGUCCCGACUCCGGGCAAAUCGAGCACAGAACAGCCGCCCACAGAGGAGACCAGCGGACCAAGCCCCAUGAAAACAGAAGGCGUUGACGAUAGUGAACAGUCUAGUGAAGAUUCUUACGUGAGUGUCUACAGUGAUGCUGCUGAAAGUCUGCCUAAAGGAAAUGGGUUUGGUUCGAUCAAUGCCAUUGUGGGUAGCCGCAAGCUACCAACCGAAGCAGCACUCGCUGCUCUACGAGCUCGAAAUGGACAGGUCUCAGAGUCUGCUAAUACUGCGGUGACGUCCGGAUCAGCGACACCCACUGGCCAGGUAUCAUCAAGUGCCAGCUCCCAGCCAGCAAAGCCGCCAAAGGUGGCAGAAUCGACUUCAGACUCUGCAGAUGAGCCAACUACUAGCUCACGCGAUCUUUCGUAUGGCGGCUCGGUCCUAAUACCCUCGUCGCACCCAAGUCCGGGUGAAACGAAGAAUGAAGCAGAGGCCCGGCCAGAAAGAACUACAAAAAAGGCGAAGCGACCUAUAUUUGUGGAUGUUUACGAGGACAGUCGACAGGAGCAGCGCACUACUGAUCAGCCCCGAGGCCCCCUAACGGAUGGUCCCGCAAAGUAUUCUUCUGGUUCACGACCGAACGUCGAUGAUAGACGGAAAACGAAGAGAAAGACUUUUGCUGGCGGUGAAGUGAGAGACGGUUUCGCAACUGGCAAAAGUGUCGGCCAUGCUCGUUCUCAGUCCGCGAAUAUUGCCGCUUUCCCACUCAGAACGGUGUCAAACGGCAGUGAUUCGUCCAGUAGCUUCAAAAGAUCCAGAGCAUCCUCUGCAAAGGCUGACCAUAUUAGCAUGAAACGAACACUUAGAGGGUCCGUUGAAAGUCCACAGACGCGGUCCUCGCCCAGAAGUCCGACAUUUCCUGUUGGUGAGACUUCAUCAAGUACAAUGGCCCGUACAUUGCGAAGCCCUAAUGGCGCGGGCCCGAAACCCUCACUCUUUUCGGGUCCCGGUAAGGGGCUCAAAUCAAAGAAUUCGAAAUCAGCAAUGGGCCUUCAUUUUUCAUCGCGCUUCGGCGGUGACUCCGAUGACGAAGGCGGUUCCAGUCUCGCACCGCAUUACCGCAGUCGGUUUGAUGACUCCAGUGACGAUGAGGGCCCUGUUGUGAGCACCAGGUCGCCCUCUCAGGUUCGAGGUAUUCCACGUCGUGAAGGCGAGCGCGAUGGGGACUCCACGGAAUUAGAGGACAGCUCGGAGGAUGGACGACCUCCCCCGCCGGCGGUUGCAAAGAACCCCGAGAGUUCUGCGCUGGAAGCUCUGGCCAAGUCCCGUGGUAUGACCGUGGAGCAGUUGGAAGAAUUCCUCAACCGACCUCCUCAGCGGAAGUCUGGCCGCCUUCUCCGUCGUUUCAAGAAGUCCAAGAAUGCGGAUGAGAAGAUGCCCAGAACUGGCAACGACGGGACCACAUCAUCGCAUGCGCAUUUGGAUCAUCCCCAGCUGGAACAUAACCAGGCCGGUGCCUUCUCGUCACGGAGAAUGCAGAAGAAAUCUGAUAGUGAUACCUGGCCGCCCAACCACUCGUCGAAUGGAGAGCCUGAGCGACCCCGGACUGCAGACGAUACAGUCCCAAGUCGCAACGGUUAUAGCGGAGAAGCACUGGAUGUUGUUAUCGCUCCUCCAUCGCCACGAAAGAAGCGCUUCUCUACACUACGAAAGGCAUUCGGCCUACGAUCCUAGUUCACUCGCUUUACUUCCGUUGAUCUUUCUGAUAUUUGGGAUGUCUGAUUUUCUUAGUCUCUUCCCUCUUGUCUUAAUAUUUAAUUAUAUCUAAUUAUUUCUGACGCUUUUUCUAUGGAGAGGCGACUUUCUCCCUUUUUUUUUCUUUUUUUUUUUUUUUUUCCUCUUCAAUAUAUUGUCUAAUCUAUUCGAAGACUGCCGAGAUAGCGGUAAUGAUGUUAUUACUAUUAUAUUUGGAGAAGAGAAGGAAACAAAUGAGUGUAAGCCGGCAUAUACUACGCAGCUACAGAACUUGCCAUGUCCUGGAAGGAAAGGGAGGGGGCUGGUUUGGUUUAACAAUCUUUGAUACCCAUUCGCUUUGCCUUUCUACAAUGCCGAUACUACUAUGUACGAGAUGAUUCGAAUCUAUCCUAAUUAAUUAUGCUAGCAUAAUAAUCCCAGCCGGAUAAUAAGAGGGAUCGUCGGCAGGAAUUGCCACGGAAAUGAGCAU